GGCUGCUGCUGGGAAAUCUUUCGGGCAGUCCAGCCAAACCCGAUUGAACCAACCCCAUCGAACUACUGUUCUCCCCCAGUUCAGGGCACCACAUUCACAAUGAUUCAACUAAAGACGAUGCUGAACUGCAUCGACAACUCAGGCGCCGCCGUGGUCGAGUGUGUCCAGGUCUUGAAGAAGAAGCGCCCCGCCACUGUUGGCGACCGCAUCGUAGUGGUCGUUCAGAAGCAGCGUAACUUCGGCUCCGACUCGACGGGAAAUUCCGGUAUCGCGAACAAGGUCCGUCGUGGUGAUAUUCGUCACGCCGUCGUCGUCCGCGCCAGAAAGGAAAUGCAGCGCCCCGAUGGUUCGCUCGUCCGCUUCGAUGACAAUGCAUGUGUCCUGAUCAACAAGGCUGGUGAGCCCAUCGGAACCAGAAUGAACGGCGUCGUGGCUACGGAAUUACGAGGAAGACAGUGGUCGAAAAUUUUGUCAUUGGCGCCCAUGCAUGUAUAAAUUAUACCUCCCGAAAGCGAAUUGUUCUUUUUCACUUUGAAUAGCUUGUACCAAUAAACGGUUUGCAUCUCUUUUG